AAUUAAUAUGACGUUCACUGCGUAAAAAGCAUUGCUCCGUUGUCAACACUCGACAAAUGGAAACGUGCAUAAUAUAAGUCAAACAGUCAAGUUCGCUGUUAAUGCUAAGAUUUGUACUGUGAACCUUUUGUUAAUGAUUCCAUAUAAAUAAAUACUGCAACCGCAACGGAUGUACUAUGUGCGUACGUUGAUCGACUCGAUUUGUUUCGACCAAUGUUCCCAUGGCGACAAAAAUUAACAUUAAUUUGCGCUAGGGACAGGCUAGCUUGGCAUCAACGGACGUUUGAUGCAAUGCGUGUUCAUGCUCGAUCAUUGCAUACAGGACUUGUGGGAAGCUUUUGCAGUCAUGAACACAAGUGACAGUAUUCCUGUUUAAAUGACGCGCAUCUUGGAAUUAUCCGAGGAUCGACUGAAUUAAAACUUCGAAUUGUUCUCUUUAUACACGUAGCCUACCUCCAUUAUCAAGAUGGAGAAAUUGAAAGCGAAAUUGUUGAUGCCGACAGUUGUGGAGGAUGACGAUGCAGAUUCCAAAGGGAACAAUUCUGAUAAUGCUGCAGCCAUGGAGUUAGGAACAACGGUCAAGGCUAAACCUACACUUGGUACAAGUAGAUUAGCCACAUGGAAUCUCCUGAAACGUAAAAUAAGCUCCGCAGCAGCUGGUAAAGGGGUACGCAUGGGAAGUUCCUUGACUACUCGCUCCAGGCGUCUGAACAUCAACUCAACAUCUCGACCAACCGGCCCUAAAAUGGAGAACACCUAUCACUUGAAACCAGACUCUCAAAUCAUAUUCAAACCUGUAUCUGUUGUUAAAGAGAUUACCGAUGUACUGAAGGGUGUUCUAGGUGACAUCGAGUACAACCCAGCCAUCAGUGGGAGAAUAGCAACUCGUUUAGCUGAAGCCAUCAAGACGCGUGUCAAGGCACUUCAACUAAAGAGGCAUAAGCUAGUGGUACAGGUGGUGGUGGGCUCCCAAGGUGGACAGAGCCUGCAGAUGGCUAGUAGGUGUUUAUGGAAUCAAGAAACAGAUAACUCUGCCUCAGCUAGCUACCAAAGUACUACACUCUUUGCUAUAGCAUCAGUGUAUGGUAUUUAUUUUGAGUAACUAGCAUUAUUAUUUUAGGUUAAACUACACAAUGUAUACCAGAUUCCAGUGCGCCUCAUAUUGUAGACAAUGAGGAUGAAAUUCAAUUUUGGUGGUACAGGUCCAAGCUAAGUUCAAAUGUCAGUUAAUGAGUUUUUGUUGCAUAUUUACCCAAGUCAAGUUGAAAUAAUGUUAUAUGGAAGAUAUUAAAAUUGGUACCGGUAGUAAUAUAAUAUACUAAAAAAUGCAGCCAACUGACUUAAACAAUUAGCUUAAUAAGGACACUUACUGGAGAGCUUUAUGAGAUGCAUCAUCGCUGCCCAAACUGAGUAGCCUACAAUUAACCAAUAGUUAAGUCAACAAUGAAGGCAUCAUGAUUCCGCCUCACCCCUACAUAAGAAUCCUAAAUAGAAUAAAAAUUACAAUUUCUGUCCUACCUUGUUGUUUUGAUUCGUGAUACUUCUUACCGCAUCCACAACGGGGCACUAUUUUUUUCCAAACACUAUCAAGAAAAGACUUCUAUGAAAAACACUGUUGUCGUAAGGUCUCUGAAAUGCUAGAGAAAUCUGACAAUUGUGAACAUUUUAGUCGAAAAAAUAUAUUUUGUGAAAGACUGAUUGAUUAAUUUUUUUUUUUUUUUUUUAUAGCACAUAGGCCUACAAUGUGAAUAGCAUUUUUGGGAACAUUUACAGCAAUGACUUUUGAAUGUCCCUUCUGUAAAUCUGUUUAAAGGCUGUACAGCAUUGCAGUUAGAUGGUAAAAACUUAGUUAAGUAGAUGUUUUUUAUAUAUAUACAAUGUAAUAUCGUUUUUUUAUUCCAUAAGAUAUGCUUACAAAUGCUUUGAUAUGUCACUUAGGGACCAACUGAGUUAAUGUGUAUAUAUUCAGCUAUACUGUAAACGGUGAACAUUUAUAUAUACAUGCGUAUUAUGCCAACCACAAAAGCCUUUUGGUGCAAUAUUAUGUUACAUGUACACCUAUCCAUAUUAUAAUUGGUUGGUCUGUACAAUUAUAAACAGGUAUCAGAACUGUAGAAGACUGUUAUUAAGGCCGAAACAUUUUUGAGGCAAAGCCAAAGGAAAUAGAAUGCUUGACAUGGAUCAUCUCUAGUUUUAAUUUACUGAGUUAAACUGAGAAGUUAUAGGAGUCAAAAUUUAAUACUAUAGGUUUUCCCGGCCAAUUUCCGAAUUUUUGUAAUCAUUUUCUUAUCAGCCAUUCAAUUUCGCGUGAUUUUUGCACAUGGUCAAAUUGGGGUUUUCAUUUUGGGGGAUUCGAUUUCAUUUUUAGGCAACCAAGAUUUUGCUCUGAAUGUUCGUUUUCGUUUUGGGGCAUUCUAUUUCGUUUUGGUGCAUUCGAGUCUUAAAUUGCAGCAUUCAUAAUUAAGACUUUUGACGGUUGACGCAUUCAAAUUCGAACGUCGGUGCGCUUAUAACGUGUUACCAUGCCUUUCUUGUUUCUUAUUCGUUUAUGGGCAAUCAGUUUUAUCGUUUGGUCAUUUAAAUUAAUAAGAUUUUGUAUUUGAUAUACUUUCCCAUUUUACUUGAGGUCAAUUUUCCCAAAAAAAUAUUUGCGACUGUAACAUUUACUAUAUGUAAAUUAACUGAUAUGAGGGAUGUAAAAUGUACCAAAAUAAUUAAAUUGAAAGGGCUAAGAUAA